CAUCUUCAGGCUGCUGUCAUGGAUCUUUCCAGGCUUAGACUCGUGCCUCGCUGGAGGAUGCAAGACUAACACCUUGCCGUGUCCAUGAUCUUAUAACUUGGAAGACCUGAGGGGCCUUAAAGUUCUAAUCUGGGAUUCGAAAAAGUAGAAGGGUUGAUGAUCAGCUUGCAGUUUGCCGAAUGGCGUUGUGAUCAGUGCGCUAGGCCGGGAUGCAGCGAAAUGCAGCGAAAAGCUCCUGCUCAUCUCAAUUCCCGCGAGACAAACAGCUUUAACUGUUUCACCAUACACUUUUCCUUGUCAUACUCACAAACUCCAUUCGAUGGAGGCAUCUCGGCAGGAUCGCAAAAACCCUCCCCAUGCAAGGGAAAAGAAUGUUGCCAAAAAUAGCACUUUUGAAGGAGUAAAUGAGUCAUCAAACACAGGCUGCAGCCUUGCGGCUUCGAAUGAUCUUCCCGGCGUACUUUGCUCCUCAUCAUAAUUGCGAAGCAUGCCCAGGGAUAUUUAAUCACCGCCCUGCAUGUAUUAUCCAAUGCUUUGCCACAUAAUGUGGAACAAAGUCCCGCCAUCUGUAGAUCGAACACUGUAGAUGGGAAGGGAUCAUGCGUUUUGGCUGAGUUAAGGCUCAAUGGUUGGCUGUUUGGAUUGCCUUGAUUGCAGCUGAAGAAUUCCGUCUCGCUCUUUUGUUGUUGUAUCCUCUACUACUUCGAUAUGUGAGCUUGCCCAGUUCAGCGUGGCAGGUAGGAUUACGGCUACGAUCUAGACUCGAUGGAGCCGCAGUAUGGCUUGGUCGAAGACGGAGACGAGUUUGACGGCGCGAAGGACAGAAAUACGUAUCGCCUGAUUAGCUUCGCUUCUCUGAAAACCCUCCGGAGGGAUGACUGCGAUUCUCGGAAACGGAAAAAAGGCUCGUACACUGCUCUUGACGACGACCAAGCGCCGCGCCGGUCAUGGAAGAUCGGUUGCUUCAAACUCGGGUCCGGCUGGCGUUUUGCUGUCUUCGGCUGCGCAAUGUCUUGCACAGUGUCGUUCGCGCUGAACCUUCUCCUGGUCAUUGUGAUUGUCGCGAAGUAUGGGGUUGACAGCAGCGGACGGCUCCAGAUGUACGAGGGUGACUGCGUCAGUACCGAGAAGUUGAACACGGUCGUCCACAUCUUCAUCAACGCGAUGAGCACGGUCUUGCUGAGCAGCAGUAAUUAUGUCAUGCAGUGCAUCUGCGCGGUCACGAGAGAGGAGGUCGACGCUGCCCAUGCAGGAAAAAGAAGAUCGAGAUGGGCUGAGAUUGGGGUCCCAAGCAUGUUCAACAUGUGCCUGAUUGCUCCAAGAAGAGUUUUGCUUUGGUAUCUACUGAUGUUCUCAUCAUUGCCGCUACAUCUGUUCUACAACUCGGCGGUAUUCUCCUCAACGGCAAUGUACGGUUCGCCUAUACUCUCUGUCAACUCUAAUUUUAUGGACAUGGCCCUCGACCCAGCACGACGGACACAGCUGGCCAGCAACUUUACUGAUUUGUCGAACAACAACGAAACAAUAUUUUUGCCAUAUUUCAACACCAGGUACAACAUGACAGAAUACGUUAAAUCCGCUAACAAUCACGAGCCAUACCUUGUAAAUGGUAGCGUACAGUAUUUGCUUAGCCAGGUCGAUUCGUUCAAAGAGAUGGACCCUCGAGAUUGCAUCGAUGCAUAUUCGCAAACCUACCAGACGACGAUGGGCGGGCUCUUUCUCGUCCUGGACGUUCCGCCGAACAAUACCAACACAAAUUUCACGGAUGCUGUCGUAUUUGACAGAAUGGCUAGCUGGGGCGGCUAUGGGUACUGCGACAUGGAUCAUUACGCCUGGAUUUGCGACCAGACGCAUCUAAAUUUGUGCUGGCUGUCAACCACUGCAGGUGCAAGGUCUUGCGAAGACCAGCUUCCUGCGCUCGUCAAGGAGAACGUCACCAACUGGCGGCCCAAUGUGCCAGAAUACGCAGUCUCGAAAUGUUACGCACAGACGCUACCCCAGAAGUGCAAGUUGCAAGCCAGCAUUCACUUGGUUGCGGUUGUUGUGUUUCUGAACGCGAUGAAGGCCGCGAUAAUGUACCUGGCCGUCCGGUGGAUGGACGAUGCCCCGCUGCUCACUAUUGGCGACGCGGUUGCAAGUUUCCUAGAGCGUCCGGACCCGUACACUGCUGAUGCGUGUCUGCUCACAAGACGAGAUGCUCGACGCGAGAUCACCUGGAUUGGAAAGAUUAGUGAUCGGCCGAGGCCUUUCGAUGGUGCGAGGAAACGCUGGUACUCAGGAUCAGGUCUGAUCCGCCAGGCCCUUAUCGUCUUCUUGAUCCUCGCCGCCAUCAUUCUCGUCGCCAUUCUGUACGUCUGGGGAAAGGCUUUCGCUAGGGAACAGGGCGCAAAGACGGAUCUGGCAUCGCUCUGGAAAAUGGGCAUGGGCGUGGUGAAUCCAGCAACCACUAUCGUCUUCUCCAGCAUGCCCUCCAGUGGUGCUGCAGGGCUGGUUUGGUCAGCAUUCGUGGCCAACGUUCCGCAGCUCAUCUUAUCCCUCAUAUACUUCGCAUACAAUGGUAUACUCACGGCAUUCUUCCUGGGCGCCGAGUGGCAGAGCUAUAUGCGCGAAAGAAAAGGCCUACGUGUGUCCGACAAUCCAAGCGGCGACCAGCGCAGCACAUAUUUCCUGCAGCUACCCUACAGGGCGGCGAUACCGCUUAUGGUGGCCUCUGGGGCGCUACACUGGCUCGUUUCGCAGUCCAUAUUCCUGGUUGACAUCGAGAACUACAUAUACGACAGCACCGUCAAUUGGCAGAGUGGUGGAUUUCCGUACACUCAAGCAACCGCCACCAAUGGCGUGACACUGUACAGUAUAAUACAAGGAAAUACGCUCACGUGCGGGUACUCUCUGAUACCCAUGAUAUUUGUGUUGAUCAUUGCGGUCGUAAUGCUGCUCGUUCUGAUUGUGCUUGGUGUCCAAAAAUUCAAGACGAGCAUGCCCGUUGCCGCAAGCAACAGCCUCGCAAUUGCGGCAGCAUGCCACCUGACCGACGACGAGUUCAAUUCAGGAGAUGCAGCUAGAAAGAAGCUCAAGUGGGGUGCUGUUAGAAGUUCAGGCAAAGGAAACGAAGUGGGCCACUGCUGUUUCUCGAGUCUUCCUGUUGAGCAGCCAAAGGUCUCAGCGUUAUACGCUUGAGUCUGUCAGCGUCAUUUGAUCACGAAAGCGAAACUCAUGCCUUUUCUGCUCCGAAUGAACCAGCGCCUUGUCUAUCAAAGAUGCUUUUUUUCUCUUCGUCCAAAUGGCGUGCUUCUGCGAUGUACGGUCUUUAC